GCGGUUCGCACGAGUUCGUUGAGUCGCCACGCGUGCCCGUCCGUUGUUGCACAUCGACGUCAACCGCUUUCAGUGCUAUAGCGCGUUUCUUAGCGCUAUAUCUUCAUAACCUUAAAUUUUGAAUUUCGUUUUAUAAUUUAUUAAAAUUAUAUUUUCGACAGAAUACUCAUGAAUUCUUCAAAUUUAUAACUUUUGUGGUGUGAAGUUAACGCCCAAUAAAAAGGCGGACGUGGAGUGUAUUUUUGUGUAAGAUAAAGUUAUUACAAACGGCAAGCUGUGGGGUUCAGGGGCCUUUUUUUUGCCGCCGCAGGGGAUGUACUAUCCUGUGAGUAACGGCAAUGUCAUCGAUACAGGAACACCGACCUUACUGCACAUGGUGGGAACGGGUAUGGCGACCCCGUUCCCUGCGGCGGCGGCGGCUGCGGCUGCGGCGGCACAGUUUGCGGCAAACGGGGACCUAGCUGGUGUAAAAGCAGACACAGCUACCGCGCAACAGCCCUCUAUUGUCAAGAGCGAGGGUCCGCCUCCACCGGCACCCUUACCUCCCGGCAACUUUUCGCCCCAACCGAACUCACAAACUCACAGCACACAAAACUCUACAGAAAGUCACAAUACGAGCACACAGAGUGAAAGCGAAGUAUCGGAUGAAAACAAGGGUGUAAACGUAGCGGCAGUGGUGGCUCAGCAAGCGGCGGUGGCGGUGGCGCAGCAGGCGGCGGCGGCGCACGCGGCCGCGGCGGCUGUCAGCGCGGCCGUCGCCGCCAACGCGACAACCACCACGGCUUCCUCGGAAAAGAAUCUCGUGCCCGUCUCCCAAGCAUCACAACCGAAACGCCUGCACGUAUCCAACAUACCCUUCAGAUUUAGAGAUCCAGAUCUGAGAAACAUGUUCGGGCAAUAUGGCACAAUACUUGAUGUAGAAAUUAUCUUCAACGAACGUGGCUCCAAGGGAUUCGGUUUUGUAACAUUCGCAAAUAGUGGUGAUGCGGAGCGAGCACGAGAGCGUCUACACGGCACCGUGGUUGAGGGCAGAAAGAUAGAGGUAAAUAAUGCCACCGCCCGAGUGCAGACAAAGAAACCUCCAGCAGUGCCAAACGUGUGUGUCCAGUGGCCGGAAGCCCCCGCGGCGGCGCUGCGCGGCGCGGUCGUGAUGCGCGGCCGCUCGCCCCGCCCGCCCGCGCACCCUCACCCCCUCCAACCCAUGCUGCCCCGCGCCGCCGCCUACGCAUCGCAGUUGCACGCAUAUGCACCCGUAUAUUAUGACCCGUUCUUAGCUGCAGCAGCGAAUGCUGAUUCGAACUACAGACUUCAGGCGGUGAAACCCGCGGCUGAGUGUUUCCAGGCGGCCGCAGCCGCAGCGGCCGCGGCGCCGCUGCUGAAGUCGCCGCUGACGAGCGCGCAGCACGCGGCCGCUGCAGCCGCUGCGGCCAACUACGGCGCGGCCGCUAGAGCCGCCGCCGCCGCUGCCGUCAGCGCUGCGCCCGCGCCCACAGCGCUCACUCCGCUUGCGGCCACAUACGGCAGAGAGUACGCAGACCCAUAUUUAGGACAUAGCAUCGGUCCAGUAACAGGAUAUGGGACGGCAGUCUAUAGAAGUGGUUACAACAGAUUCGCGCCAUACUAAGCCAGUGGAACAACGUAGCGAUUUUAUUACUCGAAUAUUCUUAGUAUUUCGGUCAUCUUUACGUAACAUGACAAUGAACUCUCUUUAUAAACGUACAAAAUUACGAUAGAGUAACAGUAAUAGUGGUAGCCGAUUACUGUAAGUAAGCUUGGAUAGCGUAGCGUAGGGCGGGCUAUCGAACUCAUUCAUACCAAAGUCAUUUAAAUUUCUCAUUGAAAUAGUUUAAGUUGAAGUAUCGUUAAUCGUUCGAUAUUGCAAUACAAGUGCGAGCAACCGACACGAACAAGUCUGUUCGUAAGAAACACAAAGUCUGGCGUGGAACACUAUUAAUACCUGCAUAUUGUUGAUGUUUGGUAUUCUCUAGCGUAGUUGUUACAUACAUACAAUUGACAAUAGAUUAACUUGUAAAAAUAUUUAGUGAGCUUUGCACUUGCAUAUCAUAGAAAAAUUGUAAAUAUAAUUCCAAACACAUUUUACUAAUCUAAAACAUACAUUAAUUUAAAUUUACGUGGAACAAAAUUUUAAGCUUUUAAAGUAUCUUAAAGUAAGCUGAAAGUAUAUAACAUAUUUAUUGAACUCGUUAAACAGUGUCACCCAUACGGUGGAGUCAAUACGAUUUACGGUUACAUUAGUGUAUCUAUUAUUUAACAUUUUCAAUGUACUCGUUAAAUACAAACUCUUUUGUAUGAACUAUUAUAUGACAUUAUAUUGAUUAAAGUCAACCGUAUUGUACCUUCGAGUGUAGGUAGCUGUUUUAUAGUAGUUUUAAACCAGUUGAUGUGGUGCGAUUCUGAUGAGGUGCCAUUUGUUCGGUUGUUAUAUACAAAUAUAAUAAUAUAUUUUUCUGGUUACUCCUUCAAAGCAUAUUUUGAACUAAUGUAGUUAAUUUGUACGUUACAACACAUACCUUACUCGAGUAGCGCCAGCUACUUCGUUACUCGGUAGAGAUUCGGCUUUAGAUUGCAUUAUGAAACUUAGAUUUGGAACAUUUGUAUAGUUCAAGCAAUAUUGUACAUUUAGCUUCUCAAUAGGCUAACAGUUAUUUACCGCGAUUGUUUAACUUAGAUCGAAUUAUUCACGAUCGCUAGUUGUAUUGUCUAAUUUUACUGAAUCGUAGGCGAUAAUGCUUUAAAUGUAGUGUUUAAGAAAAGAAAAAGAAUAACUCCGUGGAGUUCUUACAUAUCAUUGAGAUUUCUCCUUGUAAUUAUGAUUUUAUACUGUACUUGUUUCAUCGACGGUGUCUAAUUUUACAGUGCUAUUUUGUUAAACCUUCAUUUUAUUGAACAAACAUUCGUACGGGUCCAACCGUUUAGAUGUCGUAACUCGUAACUAGAUCUUAACAUAUUUGCAUUAGGAUUGUAAAAUAUUUGUAUGAUUCGCUCAACGUUUAUACCAAAGCACAAAUACCCAUCGAUUCAUACGUAUUUCGAAGCUUUUGCAUGUCAUCGAUUUAAUCCUCACUAGAUUUAAUAGUCUUUCUCUCGGAAAAACUCCAAAAUCUACGAGUCGUACAUAAUUAUUAGUUGACUGUCUAAUUAAAUAUCAUAUCGGCAUUCUAGAAGUUAGAGAAAAGUAGUCUUUCAAUUUUAUUUGAUUAAUAAAAGCCAUAGAUCUGACGCGACUUCAUGUUUUAUCUCUUUUCUUUAUUUGCUACAUAUGAAAUGUAGCUAAUGCAAGAUUAUCUUAAUUAUUUUUACCUAAAGUAGCAGUAAAACCUCUGUUCCACCGCCUGUUACAUUUAUUGAUCAAAUAAACAGUGCUAACUAUAUAGUUUGUAAUAUGUUUGACAUUUUUGCGAACGGCCACUUUAUGUCUAGAUCCGAUUGCGUUCUCUUAGAAGUUCUAGUCUUUUUGCGCACAAUUAUAUAGAAAUAAUGGUGCUUUGUUUUCUUAAAGAUUUCAUGUGAUAGCUGCGAAACUGUAUUUCGUAUCUGAAUUUGAAUUCAAUGUAAGUUUAUAUUUAGGAGCUAAUGUAUAAGUUGUUUCGUGUCAUAUUUUCUUGAUUGAUACUUUUAAUUAUUUCACUCACCUAGUAGUGCCACUGGCUUUAUUUUGUAAGUUUUUUUUUAUUAUUUAAGUAGAAACGUUAUGUAGUCACGUUGCAGCUUCGAACAAGUUUUUUUGUGCUUUAUUGCUAAAUACUCAUGCGUGAAUGUAUUUAAUUUUAAGGGUCUUAAUUUUAGAUCUAUAUAAUUUUUACGCAAAUUUUACACCUAAGUACAGAAACUAAAGUACAUGUGAUCCUAAUCAUUGAUUAUUAUUAUUUAUUAGUUUUUUUUUUAUCUAACUGUAAAUGUGUCACAAAUCAAAGUGAUUGAUGAAAAAUCAAUUUUGUAUGAAACAAAAUCAAUUUUGUAUGAAACAAGUAUACAGGGUGGAUUUCGAACGAGUGAACAUUAUGACGUCAUCAACUGAACAAAACUCAUUAAAACUAGUGACGUCUCUUGGUCCCGAGAGAACGACCCAGCGGCGGAUCCUCUGCGUCGGCGCAGACCCGGCAGGCGUAGGCGUCUUUAUGACCAGCGCCAGCCGUAAACUACCUUUGUGAAAAAGCGCGGGGGGAGGUUUCCGUAGAUACGCGCAUACUAUAGUUAUGCUCGCGGCAAGGAAACCAGAGCCCCCCGCGGCGUAAGGUGGCUAGGUCCGAAAAUGAAACGACGAUAUUAUUUAAUAUCGUCGCUCAUUGCCACUUCCGGACCUCGAAGGGCCGCCAAGAAGCGGCAGUCGCCA